AUGCCUCUCGAAAAGGAUCUUCUUCAUCCCUCUCCAGAAGAGGAAAAGAGGAAACACAAGAAGAAGCGCCUGGUGCAGAGCCCCAAUUCCUAUUUCAUGGAUGUAAAACACUCAGGAUGCUAUAAAAUCACCACCGUUUUCAGCCAUGCACAAACAGUAGUUUUGUGUGUUGGCUGCUCUACCAUCCUCUGCCAGCCUACAGGAGGAAAAGCAAGGCUUACAGAAGGAUGCUUCUUCAGAUGGAAGUAA